CCGUUCCAGCCUGCUAAAAGCAAAACUCCGGACCAGCGCAAUUAUGGAGUGGUUGCUCGGGGCACCAAUGAAACUCGUACUUUUGACAGCAUGGCUCUCCAGUCUGAUGGACCCCUGCCGAUUCUCUGACAUUUGUGAGUCUUGCCACAAACUUGCGACAUGUAAGGCUUUCAACGGCUCCAAAGAGGCUUGCUUUUGUAACAAUGGAUAUACUGGCGAUGGGACUACGUUUUGCAAUGAUGACAAUGAAUGCCAGAAUGUGACUAACAUCUGCGGGAACAGAGGCAACUGCACCAACACGGUGGGCAGCUACUACUGUACGUGUUUGAAUGGAUACACGUCAACUGGACAGGCUGAAUUCCAGACAAACGAUGGCACGGAGUGUGUAGACAUUGAUGAAUGUGAGGGAGGACAAGCCUGCGGACCAAACUCACACUGUCAUAAUACCAAUGGAUCUUUCUAUUGCACCUGCCAGCGUGAUUACAUCCCAACUUCUGGCACAAAGCACUUUCAUCCAGAGAGAGGUGGAAGAUGUAAAGAGCAUCCCCAAAAAUACUGCCAUGAUAACAUUGGGUGCAUCACAAAGACUGUCAACAGAACACUUGAGUAUAUGAGCAACCUCACUGACCCCUUGAGCUUACUGAAUGAAAUUGCUGAGCAGACGUCUGGCGAGCUGACCUCAGUGGAAGUGAUUGCCUACGUGGAGGCCUUGAGUCGAUCGACGUUGUCGCUGGCAGCAGGAGGAAAUGAUCUCACUGUCAAUCCCGCUGUUGUCCACUCGACUCUUACAAAAUUAGUUAAAGCGGUAAACAACUUGGUGGAGAAGGAGGAGCUGGUGGCAUGGAACAGGAUUAAGGAAGAACGCCGGGAACAAACCAUCACCAAGCUGCUGCACUCUGUUGAGAAAAGCGCUCUCACUUUGGCCAAUGGCCUGAAAACUCCAAAUGAACUUCAAAUCAAAGACACACAAAUGGAAUUGAGACUCAUCACUUUUGAUGCCAGUCGCAAAGCAGCCACGUUGUCCUCCAACCUGGGUGGUGACCUCAUGACUCUAACACCGAAGAUGAGACCAAGGGAGGAGAGGAAUGAAAGCGUGUCAGUGGUGUUUGUGCGAUAUGACAGCAUGGCAGACAUCCUGAAGCCAAGCAUCGACCCGGGUGUCACUGACUACUCACCCUACUCAGAAACAGGGGAAAUCACUGUCAACUCCCAAGUGGUGGCAGCCGCCGUCAAACCCGCUGAUGUCUACCAGCUUGACCAUGUCACCUUCACUCUGAGGCACGUCAAGCCCAUCGACACCAACUCUGACGUGACCAAGUGCGCCUUCUGGGAGUACACCACCGAAAGCCUGCAGGGCCACUGGGCUACACACGGCUGCACCACCGUGCAUGCCAACAGCAAUGCGACCACCUGCACCUGCAACCACCUCACCCACUUUGCUAUCCUCAUGUCCUCUGGGCGAGCCAACUUGGCGGCCCACCAAACAGUCCUGACCCGCAUCACCCAACUGGGGAUGGUCAUCUCCCUCAUCUGUCUGUCCAUGUGCAUCUUCACUUUCUGGUUCUUCAGCGGGAUCCAGAGCACCAGAACCACAAUUCACAAGAACCUGUGCUGCAGUCUUUUCAUGGCCGAGUUCAUCUUUUUGGUGGGGAUCAACAUGAUCGCACACAAGCUCUUUUGCUCGGUUAUUGCCGGGCUCCUGCACUAUUUCUUCCUGGCGGCCUUUGCCUGGAUGUGCAUCGAGGGCAUCCAUCUGUACUUAAUAGUGGUUGGCGUCAUCUACAACAAAGGCUUCCUGCACCGCAACUUUUACAUCUUCGGUUAUGGAAGCCCAGCAGUGGUCGUUGCCAUCUCAGCCACACUGGGUUCCAAGUAUUAUGGCACUGAUAAAAUGUGUUGGCUGAGCACAGAGAAUCACUUUAUCUGGAGCUUCAUUGGGCCCGCCUGUUUGAUCAUCCUGGUGAAUCUACUUGCCUUUGGAGUGAUCAUCUACAAAGUCUACCGACACAUGGUGGUGAAAAAGCCUGAAAUAAGUCACUAUGAGAAUAUCAGGUCGUGUGCCCGUGGGGCCGUGGCGCUGCUCUUUGUGCUGGGCGCCACGUGGGCCUUCGGAGUGUUGCACAUCCUCUACGAGAGCACACUGACUGCGUAUCUCUUCACCAUCACCAACGCCUUCCAGGGCAUGUUCAUCUUCAUCUUCCUCUGUGUGCUCUCCAGAAAGAUUCAAGAGGAGUACUACAGGCUUUUCAAGAACAUACCAUGUUGUUUCGAAUGCCUUCGAUGAAUUCAAGCCUUUUUCUUUCAGUUCAAAUGCACACUAGAAGCAACGUCCAUUCCAUUCCAACAUGUUGUGCUCAGAAUAGCCCCGCACUCAACAACACACCUUGUGAUAGUGAAUGCACCCUUAUAGCAUAACACACGUGUACUUGAACUA